AUUGCCCUGGCACGCACUCUGACUUGGGAGGGGGAGUUUCUCCUCUCAUUGGUUUAUUACUUGCUCCAUCUAAAUUACCAUUGGCCAACGUAUCCUAUCUACUGUCACCAUUGGGAUUCCGGAUGUGCUGUUGUGAGUGUAAAAAUUGUUUUUCGGCAAUUUGCCUACCAGUUAUAUGGCCUAAAUUCACGUUAUACACGAUUUAACAACGGAAUAUUUAAACGUAGUGUCUGUGAUGUCAACAUGGAGAGAGAUGACAGUCAAGAAAAAGGAGAGACAGAGGAGAUAACAAGUUGUGAUCCACCCUCUGCUGACUGCAUCCCGUCAACUGGUUCUUCUUAUCACACUCCGGCCCUGCCCUCUGACAAUCCCCCAGUUCCUGAGCCUGCUGGUACAGUGGAAGGAGACAAAAACACCAAUGUGACUUUAGAGGAGCCUACAUAUCCACCUACAUCAGAUUCUAUGGGAGAGAAGGGACUACAAGCAGCUCCUGACCAGGGUCUAGGACCGGCUCCUGUUCUGGUAAAAGAGGAAGAGACUAAUGUGUGCAGUAAGAUAGAAUAUCAGAACUGCUCAGGUGGUCAACCAGAGACUGUCCCAGAGGAGGUUUCAGCUGAGAAUGGGCAGGAUGACUCAGGGGAGUUUAUCGUCACUAUUUUGGCCAGGGGUAAAUUGGAGGAGCAAGGUCUGGGAGUGAAGAGGCAUUCCUCUCCACUGUCAGAGACUGGCGCCCCAGAGGCCCCCCCAUCCCACCGUGAUGAAGACGUGACAGCGGAGAGCUGGAGGCAGCACAGGAAGCAUGUGUUUGUCCUGAGUGAAGCAGGGAAGCCCAUAUACUCCCGCUACGGCAGUGAAGAGGCUCUGUCGUCUACCAUGGGAGUCAUGAUGGCACUGGUGUCCUUUGUCCAGAGUAGUGACAACAUGAUCCGCUCGGUCUACUCAGAUGGGCACACAGUGGUGUUCAUGCAGAAGGGUCCUCUGGUGCUGGUGUCUGUGUCAAGCAGCCGUCAGUCAGAGAAGCAGCUGCGUGGUGAGCUCCUUUACGUCUACUACCAGAUCAUCAGCAUGCUCACCCAGGCCAGCAUCGCUCGCAUCUUCCAACACAAGAAGAACUAUGACCUGCGGCGACUACUGGCCGGCUCCGAGAAGAUCCUAGACGGCCUCCUCAACCUGGUGGACUCGGAUCCCAGCUUCCUGCUGGCAGCGGUGCACUGCCUGCCAUUGGUCUCCUCUCUCAGGGACUCCCUCAGCCAGAUCCUGCAGAAGGCCAUCACCCCCAACCUGGUCUUCUCCAUCCUCAUCGCCAAGAACCAGCUGCUCACCAUCGUCCAGGAGAAGACGGUGAUCGAGGACGCCAGGCUGGAGCCUGCUGACGUCCACCUGCUGCUCAACCUCAUUGGGGCCUCCUCUGCCUUCCAGGCUGGAGAGAUCUGGACUCCCAUCUGCCUGCCUCUCUUUAACCCUGACUGUUACUUCUAUGCCUACAUCUCCUACCUGGACCCCCCAGAAUGCACUGUGUGUCUGCUGCUGCUCUCCACGGAUAAGGAGGCCUUUUAUGCGGUGGCAGAGUGUAAGAGGAGGAUAGAGGUGGCCAUGCUGGCUCAGAGCUCCCUGAGCCUCAUAGCCAAGGCCCACUCCUACAGUGUGAGCCAGGUGGGCGUCUCAGACCUCAGGCACUUCAUGUACAAGCCCUUUGACGUGCCAGACAACCACAAGCAGCUCACCCAGUUCACCAGCCCAGAGAUGGAGGCUCCUUAUAGCACGGAGGAGGAGAGGAUGAGGCUGCUGGACCUGUACCGGUACAUGCACGGUCGCAUCCACAGCUCUUCCAGGGCCCUCAAGCUCAUCUACCAUGUGGCAGAGAGGGAAACGCUGCUGGCCUGGGUCACAAGUAAAUUUGAAUUGUACACCUGCUUCAGCCCCUUGGUGACUAAGGCUUGUGCCAUUAACGCCAUAACCAAGCUUCUACGGUGGAUCAAGAAGGAGGAGGACCGUCUCUUUAUCCGAUACCCACCCAAGUAUUCAACCACGCCCAACCCCAGCAAAAGCUCCCGAAGGUCUGACCAGCAGGAUUCCACAGAUAAUGGCUUCAUGUCUCUACUAUAGAGCUGCUCUAUCUCUGUGCUUAGCUCCGGCUCUUCCACUCUGUCAACACGUAGUUUGUACACUGGUUCUUACAAGAGGUUUGGCACUGACCACAUCCUACAUCUUUGGGUACUUCAUUGAAUUUUGACCACUGGACUAUUUAAGGAGAACUUGCCUUUUUGACACUUUCAGACUCUUCUGUACCUUUUGAGAAAGCAUGUACAGGAACUGCAUUAACACUUUAGAUUACAGUCGAACAAGUUGAUGUUCAGGGAAUCUGUAAAGAGAAAGCAAACAUUUUUAAAUUGGCUAGUGGUGGAACAUUGAAGAUAAUUUUCAAUGCUAUUGAGUUUUUAUAUUGUUUUAUUCUAUUGUAACAAAAGUGAGAACUUCUCGAAUGCAUCAUAUCAAAUACUUGUUACAUAACUAUUUCAAGUCAAGCUUUCAUGGUCAUUGACACUGUAGCACAUGACAAAUGAAAUGGGACUACCUACAUUAUAGAACUACUCUUGAAUUUGUUUUCAACUGCCUAAUAAUUAUAAUUAUUGCUAGAAACCUUAGAUGUUGACAGGCUGACACAGGAUUUAGUUUAAGUGUGGUUAUUGGUGGGAUGAACAGGAAAUGAAAAAUCAUUAAAUGUCAUCAUGAAAAUUG